CUACAGCCAGUUAGAAGACAGUGGGAGAACUGGAAGGGGAACUGGAGGAACCUGUGUCUGCUCCAGGGGAGGAUUUGCUAACUCUCUGUCACAGCCUGCAUCAGUGGGAGCCAGGAGCAUCUGUAGCUUGUGGUGGACCUGCUGUGCUCAGAGCAUCCUAUGGUGGUGCCAGUGUCUCGCUCUGUGCCCUGGCAAGGUGAUGGACAGCAGAGCAGAGAUGGAGGUUGUGAGAAGCACAAAGGGGAAUACUGCUGGGGAGGUCAGCGUCCACGUGGUCACCACCGAGAGCACUGUGCAGAGCACCCACCUGCCAACAACUGCCUUCAUCAUACCAGCAAAUGCCACUGCCAUCAGCCUUCCCACGAGCACCUUAGAAAUCCAGCGAUUCCCCCGGGAACCACAGAGAAGCACAGGGGCCGAGAGGCCAGAGAGAGGAGCAGGGAGCGAGCCCAUCACAGCUACUGUCAUUCCCCAGAUCAGUGGGGUGCAGACCUGCAGCACAGUCCGUGUGCUGGAGUGGAAAGAUGGGGUGGCUACUUUGCCUGGGAGUAACCUGCGGUUCCGAAUUAAUGAGUACGGGACGCUGAAGGUGGUGAGUGCUGAUAAGAUGCCUCCAGUGGAAGCUGUAAAGGAGGGUCACACAGAGAAAGAUGGGGACUCAGAGGUGGCACCCACCAGCAGGGACAAUCCUACUGUGGCUCAGGAUGCGCCAGAGCAGACCAAGCUUCCAACAGCAGAAAGCAUGUGCCACUGUGAUACCUGUGGCCGCAGGCACAUGUCAGAUGGAGCCCGGGAAGGCAGAGGCUUCUGCAGCGAGCACUGUCACCAGCAGUUUAAAGAGAGGUCUGUCAUUGUGGAAAACUCUGCCAGCAGCACCAAUGCCACUGAAAUCCUCAAGCCAGUGAAGAAACGAAAGAGGAAGGAUUACCAGAGCCCUUCAGAGGAAGAAUACGAAUCAGAGCAAAUGGAAGAAAAGCAGGAAGAGAGGAAAAACUCUACUGAGGACUCUGCCAUCAGCAACCCAGAGGCUGACACUUGGAACGGGAGCCAGCACGGUGCCAGUGAGGAGAAGAAAGAAGGCUGGUCUUGGGCGUCCUACUUGGAGGAGCAGAAAGCUGUCGCUGCCCCUUUAAAUCUCUUCCAGGAUUACCAAAUAGCUUCCCAGCACAAGAAUGGCUUUAAAGUGGGGAUGAAGCUGGAAGGGAUCGACCCACAACACCCAUCUAUGUACUUCAUCCUGACAGUGGCUGAGGUGUGCGGUUUCCGAAUGCGCCUCCACUUCGAUGGCUACUCAGAGUGCCAUGAUUUCUGGCUGAAUGCUGACUCCCCCGAUAUCCACCCCGCUGGCUGGUUUGAGGAGACUGGGCACAAACUCCAGCCCCCAAAAGGGGUUGUAGGUUAUAAGGAAGAAGAAUUCAGCUGGACAAACUACCUGAAGAUAACAAAGGCUCAGGCAGCUCCUAAGCACCUCUUCAUGGUCCGAAAUGCUCACGAGGCUUCCCCAGGCUUCGAGGUGGGAAUGAAGCUGGAAGCUGUUGACCGCAUGAACCCUUCCCUCAUCUGUGUUGCCACGGUGACUGACGUGGUGGACAAUCGCUUUUUGGUGCACUUUGACAACUGGGAUGAUACUUACGACUACUGGUGUGAUCCCAGCAGUCCAUACAUCCACCCAGUUGGAUGGUGUCAGGAGCACGGCAAACCCCUCACACCUCCUCAAGAUUAUCCUGACCCUGACAACUUCACCUGGGAAAAGUACCUAAAGGAAACUGGAGCAUCUGCUGUCCCAGCUUGGGCCUUUAAAGUGCGUCCACCCCAUGGCUUCCUGGUCAACAUGAAGCUGGAGGCAGUGGACAGGAGGACGCCGUCCUUCAUCCGAGUGGCCAGUGUGGAGGAUGUGGAAGAUCACAGGAUAAAGAUCCAUUUUGAUGGCUGGAGUCAUGUCUAUGAUUUCUGGAUUGAUGCAGAUCAUCCGGACAUCCACCCCAUAGGCUGGUGCUCAAAAACUGGACACCCGCUGCAGCCUCCUCUCAGGCCAAAGGAACCAGCCUCCUCUGCCCAUGGGGGCUGCCAAACGCUGGGCUGCAAGAGCAUCCCUCACACCAAGAGCUCCAAGUACAGCUUUCAUCACAGGAAGUGCCCCACGCCGGGAUGUGAUGGGUCAGGACACGUGACUGGGAGAUUCACAGCCCAUUACUGCCUCUCAGGGUGCCCGCUGGCAGAGAAGAACCAGGGCAGGCUGAAAGCAGACUUGUCCGACAGCGAGGCCUCGGCUCGCAAGAGGAACCUCAUUGGCUUCUCUCAGAGAAAGAAGUCUCGGCACCAUGGGAGAGGGCGACCUCCAAAGUACCGGAAGAUCCAGCAGGAAGACUUCCAGACUAUUUCUUCAGACAAUAUGCACCAGUCACUCUUCAUGUCUGCACUGUCUGCACACCCCGACCGCUCCCUCUCGCUCUGCUGGGAGCAGCACUGCAAACUCCUGCCUGGGGUGGCCGGCAUCACAGCAGCCGCAGUGGCCAAGUGGACCAUCGAUGAGGUCUUUAGCUUUGUUCAGACUCUGACUGGUUGUGAGGACCAAGCCAAGCUCUUCAAGGAUGAGAUGAUCGAUGGCGAGGCCUUCCUCCUGCUGACGCAGGCUGACAUCGUCAAGAUUAUGAGUGUCAAGCUGGGCCCCGCACUCAAGAUCUACAAUGCCAUCCUCAUGUUCAAGAAUGCUGAUGACACCUUAAAGUGACUUUUCUUCACCCAGCUGGGACCCUCUCUUAGCACUGGUGCUGCCAAACUGGUCAGGACAGAGAUUCCCCCUGACCGACCACGUCUUGUCAUGUCCUGCUCAUGUCCUUUCGGGUGCUGCGUCUCUGCUCUCCCACCAGUCCAUCUCCCAUCCUCUCCUCUCCACUCCACACUGCCCUUCUCCUCCAGCGCCGGGCAAAGGCUGGCCCCAAGCCUUGGGGGGGCUGCAGGGCAGAGGGUUGAUGUGGGACUGGCCUCUCUUAGUGUGACAGCAGCACCCAGUGUCCCGCUGUGACCUCAUUGAUUCAGGGGAGCA